CGAACGUUACCGGACCUUGCAUAAAACGGAGCUCCCCAGUCUCUCCGUCUUCUGAAAUGAGAGAGGGAUCAGAGAUGCGAUUUUGGGACUGACGUUCGCGUGAAGAGAUUGUUUCUAGAGAAGAAGCCCUUCGAUUUGGUGGAAAGUGUGUUAGGUUUUUGAUACAUAGGUUGGAGAUUUUGAGCUCCAAGAAGGAAUCUUUUGCGGUGAAAACAUAGAAAAGAGGGAGUUUUGUCGUGAAUUUUGCUGAAUUUACAUAACCCGAGAUUUAUUUUGGCAAUGGGAGACCAUGUUGUGUUGCAUGUUGACCGUCUCAUAGCGCCACAAACCAUCGGAACAAUACACCAAAAGGAGGGUUCAAGUUCUUCUGGAGAACCUGUACAUGCUCCUUCUGUUCCUUCGCCUUUGCCGGUUGGGUCUAGAAAGGAUAAGGAGGAGGAGGAGGAGGAACGCUUGGAUGAAGAUGAUGAGGAGCCGCUUAUUCAGAUGGCAGAGUGUCGUAUUUGCCAGGAGGAGGAUCACAUUAAAAAUCUGGAGACCCCUUGUGCCUGCAGUGGCAGUCUAAAGUAUGUUCAUAGGGCAUGUGUGCAGCACUGGUGCAAUGAAAAAGGAGAUAUAACCUGUGAGAUCUGCCAUGAGCCAUACAAGCCUGGGUACACUGCACCUCCCCAAGUCCACCCUGAUGAGACAACUAUUGACAUCAGUGGAGGUUGGACCAUCGGUAGUGCCCCACUGGAUUUGCGUGACCCUCGGGUCCUUGCAUUGGCAGCAGCACAGCACCACUUCCUUGAAGCCGAAUAUGAUGAGUAUGCUGCUACUAAUGCUCGUGGUGCUGCAUUCUGCCACUCUGCUGCUCUAAUUUUAAUGGCUCUUCUGCUGUUGAGGCAUGCACUGACCAUUACCAAUGGUGAUGAAGAUGAUGAUGCUUCCACAUUUUUUUCACUUUUUCUACUGCGGGCUGCUGGAUUUCUAUUACCAUGUUACAUCAUGGCCUGGGCCCUAACUAUCUUGCAGCGUCGAAGGCAAAGACAGGAAGCAGCUGCCAUGGCAGCAACUGAAGUGGCACUCAUACUGCAGUCAGGGCAAGCAAGAGGCCUGCAGUUCACCAUAGCACCUGAUUCGCCUGUUGCUCCCCAACAGGAGCCUCAUCAAUAGGGGUUGCCAACUUUCUUUACCAUACAAGCUGGGUAAUGGUUUGAGACAGGUUGCAGCGGUAGUAAUUGUCACCCAAUUUUCUGACGAGAAGAAUACCUUUUUUUCUCUGCUAUGAAUCUCAAAUUUCGCUUCUUAGAUUCUGAAACUUUAAAGAAUGUCCUGUAAAUAUAUUUCAAAUGUCAGUGAGUUUGUUUUCAGAUAUGUCAAUAAAGGAGAGAGAAGCGAAAAAUGCAUGUUUGUAUAUUGUCUUAUUGUUAUGAUAUGAAGAUAUGCAGCUCUGCUGAGGUGGGUAGUGGUUACCAAGGAACAGCUGCUUUUCAAAGGCAGAGGUUUCAGUUCGUUCUUUAUUGGAUGGUUAGAUUUAUCUUAAAGAUCAAACAAUACAUCAUAUUAUGUUACUGGAUGAAACUUGGUUUGUAAAAUGUGGUUGCACUGCACAGAGCCAAUAUUUGUCAGCUUAGUUCUAUCACAUGACUAAUUCCUAAAGAGCUGUUGUGUGGUA